UAGCCUAGAGUAGAUCAGUAGAUCUAGAUUCUGGCUAGAUCUAGAUCUAGAUCUAUCUAAAUCUAGCUAUAGACUAUUAUCUCUAAUGACUCUACUCUAGAAUACUAGUAGACUAAUUUAACUAUAUUAGAUCUAGAUUAGAUUUCUAGAUCUAGACACAUUCAUUCAGUGUCAUUCACAUAGACAUACUCAUGAAUACUCAUGAUACUGAACUGAUAGUAAUAGUAGUGAUCUGAUAGUGAUACUCGGAUGAUACUUUAAUACUUAUAUUACUGUCACAUACUAUAAAUCUAUAUACAUAUGAUAUGGUAAACAGAUUACUCUAGAUUCAGACUAGAUUGUCACUAGACUUAACUAGAGCUAGAUCUAGAUUCCAGGUCUAUGUAAAAAUAACAAUGUUCAGCAAAAAAGGAAACAGAAUGAAGACAAGAAGUAGCACAUUAAUUGCUAUGGAGACAGCAGAGACAGAAGAAUCAGAUUCACGCACUGAGUCCCUGAAUGAAACUGAGAUUCACUUGCUAAAUGAAGCUGGAUUUUCAGUUGAAGUUCUAAAUCAAAUAUCUCAUGAAGAGAAAUUAGAAAUUCUGCGUGCUAUAUCAGAGAGCCGUCACCAUCCUACUCAGUCUGGCACUCAAGAGGAAUCACAUAUGCCUGAGAACUCACUAGUGAAUGAAAAUAACUGUCAUAAAAGAGAUCAAAUAGUAAUCAAGUCAAAUGUUGUGGAAAAUACUGAAGCUGAAAACAUCACAGUUGGCGAAUCAGACUCUAAUAGUGACUAUUAUAAAAAAGGAAGUAAGCCAUUCACAGAAACUAGUGAUCCAAUGGAGGGGAAUUCAAGAUCAUCCUUUAAAAACAGUUGGACUAACAAAUUAAAAAUGAAGCUUCUGGGUAGGAUUAAAGACUGUACAAACCCUUUAACUAACGCAAAGAAACAGGCAGAACAAAAUAAUGAUGGAAAAGUCAGUAGGUGUCACAGUCCAAGUUUAAAAAAAAAUGUAGAUCAAGACUCAUCCAUGACUGUUGAAGGUGAUGAUGAAGACACCACUCAAACAUACAUAUCUCGCACACCAGAGCAGAAUCAUGCUCAGACAAACAUCUUAGGCAGCAACAAUUGUUCUACUUCGGUUGAAAGUACCAAUGAUGCUCGUUGUGAAGGGCCUAUAUCACCAUUGUUCAAGGCUAAGUUACUUAACAAUUUGCAAACAAAAACAGUUGUUCUCCUUCCUACUGCAUCAAAGUCUCUAUCCUUAUGGUCUUUCCUUCGGCAGUCCAAAACUCAGAUAAAUCCAGAUCAAUACACUGAAAUAGUCAAACUUGUUUAUGAUAUCUACUUUCGACGAUUACAAAGAGAACAGAAAGCAAUGAAACAACCUGCCAACAAAUGGGGAAGACCUGUUGUGCCUGGGCCACAUAUUGAGGGCUGCUUGCUAGCACAACCUAAAAAAUAUAAAAACAAAGUUUUGAGAUUAAUUCAUAACAAUAGAGAUGACGAUGAAAAUAAUUUACCUGAUUUGAAAAGAGAAGGUGAAAACCAAAGUGAUAAAACCCAAAAGAAGCAUAAUUCUGUUAGCAGAAAAGACAGUAAAACUAUCUCCAAAGACAUGGUUGAAUAUGUGGAACACGAUGAGUUUGAACUAAUUGAAGAAGAGGAAAGUGAGAAUGAAUUUGAAAUUUAUAGAGAAGAGGAUUUUACAGGUAAUAGCAAAAAAUUACGUACAAAUCAUUCUAGUGUAAUUGAUGGAGGGUCAAACAAUUUGAAAGUCAUAAAACGCAAGAUUGAAAGUUCAGGAACAGGUGGAAAAAGAAAAACUCACAGAAAGCUUUUAAGUGAAAAAGAUAUUCACAUGGUUGAUCAGGAUUCCCCAGAGUUAGACUCUAUUAAUAAAACUGUCGUGGUGGCCACUCCUAGCAAAAGAAUUGUCAAUAGGAAAAAACUUAAUUCCCAAAGGAACUUAGAAUCAGUGUUUGUUUGGUCAUGUGAUGACUCAUCUGAAUCAGAGACAGACAACAUUGAUGCACCAUAUGCUGAAUCUGCCUCAAGACAUCAUUCUAAAACUAAAGCAAAUGAUAUUUUGGUAAUCAAAAGCGCAAGCAGCCCCACUUUUGAUAUUUUAGAAAAUGCAGAUACCUUACCUCCAGAUUUUGUUGAGAACACAAUAACUAGCUCAUGUCCCCAAACAAAAAGCCCAUCGUCUCAUAGAGAGACUUGUGCUGACUCUGAAAACGUCAGACUAUCACAAGAAUCAGCAUCAUGCCUCAGCAACAGCCAGAGCUCUAAUUCUUUGUUAGAUGCCAAUGGAGACCUCUACAGUACACAAAUAACAUGUCACAGAAGGAAAUUAAAAAAACUCGAUUCAACUGUACCACAGCCAAUCCCACAGCAGAAUAGUGUCUCUUUGUCUAGUGAUUUGGUUGUUGACACUGCUAGUGCUGCAGUUAACAAGAAAUAUCAAGAAGGAAAGGCACUCAAUGUAAACCUGACAGGUGAAAAUGUUAUGGAAAACACUUCCACGACACCCAACAGUACAAAUAGAAAUGUAGAUCAACCCCAGCACUCAUUGGACAGUUGUAAAGAUAUGAAGCGCAACUAUGAAGCUGUCAAAUCAGAUGAAGAAGAAACAGACUUGAAAACUUCAAAGCCUAAAAGAACUAAAAGAUCUAAAGAUUUGAGUAAAAAAUCCAAAAAGAAAUCCACAACUACUCCAAGAAAACUAAUAAAAAAUCCAAAGAAAGAAUCUGAAGACAGUGAUGAGGAUGUCAUUUGUUCAGAAAUAAGUCUGGCUGGUCCAAGUACAAUUCAACCUGAAUCUGUAGUAGAGAAAAAAUAUGCUUGCCCUAUCUGUGGGGAACAUUUUAACGAGGAGAAAAUAGAGGAGCAUGCAUCAAAUUGUGGUGAUGAACAAGGUGACCAAGCUAUGAUAAGCUGUUCCUUUUGUCAUGUUGAGAUGACCUCUGAUGUUAUUAGACAGCAUGAGGUAAAAUGUUCAUUGAAAAGAAAAACUCGAAUCAUGCCUUCAAGAACUUCAAGAGAUAAUAGAUUGAAACCAAGAGAAUCAACAGAGCCAUUACUAGUGUCUGAUGGUGAGGACUAUUGUGAACUGAUUAUAGAGGCAGAAACACCAAGAAAGUAAUCCAUUCCAUUGGCAAUACCUUGCAUCAUUUCUUUUUUGUUUUGUUCUUAUUUUACAGAGAUACUUUGUAGCUUCAAAGUGAAUUAAAUUAAGUGAUAAACAUUGUUGAUAGUCCUACAAUAGUCACUUUAUUUUGGAACUCUUUAAAAACAAAAUAUCAAAUACACACAUAUUUGUUAGAAAAGUGCUUUCAACAUUCUAAAUGUACCUAAUGAUUGUCUUUCAGUGUUCUAAAAAUUAAGACAUAAAUAAAAUGUUUUCUUUUGUUUACAAAA